UAGCUGACAUGGAUUUUAUGGUCCCACUGCCAUAUGAAAGCAACCCAAUUUUCCCGGAACUCGAAAAUUUCGACUCCAACUUUUCUGGGUUUGAUUACAAUUUCUCUGUUGUUCAUGAUGACUUUGCGAUCGACGAAAAGCCUAUUACCUUUGUUCUACCCAAUACCUCCUUGUGCGAGAGUUUUCCGGUUCCCAUGGGCCAAUCUUCGAGCUCCAUGGUAAUGGGAAAUGGGUCGGCCCCUUCGAUUAAAGAAGAAGAUGAGACCAGGAACAGGAUUAGCUCUCACAGAAACAAGAGAUCAGCCUGUUUGGAAUUAGAUGAUAUAAGGAAGUAUUUUGAUGUUCCCAUAACAAAAGCAGCGAAAGAACUGAACGUGGGACUGACCCUCCUCAAGAGAAGAUGCAGAGAGCUGAAUAUUACCAGGUGGCCUCAUAGAAAAAUCAAGAGCUUGAAGGCUCUCAUCGACAAUGUCAAGGAACUGGGAUUGGCCGAUGAGGUGGCUAUGUUGGAGAAGCAUAAGAAGCUUAUGGAGAAGCUUCCAGAUAUGGAACUUAGCGACAAAACUAAGAAGCUUAGGCAAGCAUGUUUCAAAGCUAAUUACAAAAGGAGAAGAUCAUUGGCGUUUCAAUCCCAAGCCUGACUACUUUUUUAACCAUUGAAACUAGAGGCAGAUUCUGUGUGCAAGAUAGUGGAGUUAGAUAACCUUAGGUGUAUAGAACAGUGAACUACUAUAUGCUUGGACUUCUUUCCUUUUAUUUUUCUUUUUUGGAUACCAACCGUGUUAAGAAUUUAGAUCAGUUUAGGUAGGAAAGAAUAUCUGGGAAUGAAGCUUUCUGCCGUAUUGUACAAGGCGUUUCCGUUUGACACAGAUGUAUUCUAUCCAUGUUUUUGACUGCAUUUAAUUAGCUCAAUGAUGUUACUGUGCAAAGUUCAAACUUUGUUUCUUACCUUGGAAGAAUUGUU